ACCUAUGGCUGGGCAAGAUGUCGUGGUUGGUGCCUGUGUCGAGCAGGUCAUCGAAGUAGACCGUGAGGAGGAUGUAGUCUUUGAGAAAGUGGAGACGGUACAUCCCGGGAUCAAGAAGAAGAAGAAGAAGAAGAAGAAGAAGAAGAAGAAGAAGAAGAAGAAGAAGAAGAAGAAGAAGAAGAAGAAGAAGAAGAAGAAGAAGAAGAAGAAGAAGAAGAAGAAGAAGAAGAAGAAGAAGAAGAAGAAGAAGAAGAAGAAGAAGAAGAAGAAGAAGAAGAAGAAGAAGAAGAAGAAGAAGAAGAUGAAGAAGAAGAAGAAGAAGAAGAAGAAGAAGAAGAAGAAGAAGGAAAAAACGACUACCACUUCAUCACCGUGAGAGGCAAAAUCGAGGCUGGUAUAUA